UCGAUUGGGAGCGGAGAGGCACCUCGGCUUCGGCCUUAACACGCCCCGCGAGAGCCCGGCCCCCUCCUGGAGCAACCAACGCCGUCGUCGUCUCCUCCUCCUCCUGUGUUUCCCCCCCUCGCAGCUUCCCCAGACCGGCCCGCCCGCAUCCCCGGCUCCCCAUGGCGCUGAAGCGGAUACAGAAGGAGCUAAGUGAUCUGCAACGUGACCCACCUGCACACUGUUCAGCAGGACCUGUUGGAGAUGACUUGUUCCAUUGGCAAGCGACUAUUAUGGGACCUCCUGACAGUGCAUAUCAAGGGGGAGUCUUUUUUCUCACAGUACAUUUUCCAACAGACUACCCAUUCAAACCACCAAAGAUUGCGUUCACAACAAAAAUAUACCAUCCAAACAUAAAUAGUAAUGGGAGUAUUUGUCUUGAUAUCCUGAGGUCACAGUGGUCACCUGCUCUGACUGUAUCUAAAGUUCUUUUGUCCAUAUGCUCUUUACUUUGUGAUCCUAAUCCAGAUGACCCUUUAGUACCAGAUAUUGCACAAAUCUACAAGUCAGACAAGGAAAAAUAUAACAGACAUGCAAGAGAAUGGACACAGAAAUAUGCAAUGUAAACUUUGAAGACUUUUUCAUAUAUACCAGAGUACUGUAAAUUCUAGGGUUUUUUCAAAAUUAGAAGUAAAUGGAGCACAGUUUACUGUUUUCAGUGUACCAUGAAGCCCUUUUUGAUUUUCACCCAUAUAAAUGUGUUUCUGGAACAAGGAAAUAACUACGAAAAUUAACCUGAAGACUGUGAUGAGAGUAUUUAUCCUUUUUGUAUGCUUUGCAAAAGACAUUUAUUAUGUUUUUUAAAGAUACUUGGACAUCUGCACCUCCAGCCUACAAGAUCCAUAAUGCAGUUGUAGAGCAACCAAAUUAUUUUUGCUGAAAAACUACGUUACAUGAAAAAUAUUCUGUGUGUCUUUGAGAUGUCAGUCCUGUAAGUCCAUGUUUGAAUUUCAUUCUUUGUUAGUUCAUUGUAUAAUUUGUAUUUUUUUACUGUAUAGACUAUAUUUUAUUUACCAUGCAAGUCAACUUACUUUAGACUUUCUGCGCAGUAUUGAAAAAAUACAACUGCUAUUAAAUGAGUGAAGUAUUCUUUCCCUGGAGAAUACUCUAUAAACUGAUAGACUUCUUAAAACAAACUUUGCACUCUAAUUCUCAGUAUGCUGAUAAUGGGGAAACACAUGGUUUUGAUUCUGUUGCAUACUUUUAUUGCAAUGUGAACUAAUUGCACUGCUCUGUAGAAAGAAAUGUAACUUAAUUUUGUUCUAUUCACAGCUGACUUUUUUUUUAUCCCAUAUGGGCAAUAUAAUCUCUGACCUUUUAACAAAAUUGACUUGAAGCGUUUCCAUAUAAAUAAAAUGUGUUUUUUACUACUUGUCUUGGCUGUUCUUUAAGUCUUGCACAUUCUUUACAUGUGCUUGCUCUGAAAAGAUCAAAAUAUUGUUAAAUAUGUGUAUUACUAUUAGGAGGAACUGGCCUAUCUGUUUGAAAUUGCUAUGAAUUCUUGAGUGUAUUAUGGUAGCUGUUUAAACAAUUUUUGUGUUUAUUUACUGUACUAUAUAUGACGUUGUUUGAUCUUGUACACAAUUCAGAAAUGGUGUCUCUUUGAGCUUGCAAAAUAGUCCCUAAAUCUUGCUUAAAUUGGCAACUUCAAGUGUUGAAAUGUUACUGAAGCUUCUUCCCUCACAUGAAUAACAAUAUUUUGAUCUGAUACUUUCACACACUAUGUUAAAGCUUCUAAACAAUUUUAUAUAUACUUCACCAUGCAUGUGUGGAGAAAAAAUAGCCUUAGACCCUUUACAAGAGCAUUUUUAUUAUUAAGUUUGUUGCUUUGAGGUACUAAAUCCUUGUUAAAUGCAUUUUAGUUUGUGGCUGCAGCAAUUAUAAUAAACACAACUUGCUUGACUAGGAAGUUUUGCUGCCAUAGGCACCAUCUGACCCUUUCUGGAGAAGGGAAUACACGUCCUAGAGCUUUGCUACACAGAAAACCAUUUUUUAAAAACACAUAACUGGAAUGCAUAGAAACAUGGUAAACAUCCCAGAGGAUAUUUUUCUAUUACUGGGCUUAAAAAAAUCUGUUUAGCAUUUUAAUCUUGAAAUUCUUAGAUAUCUCUGAUUGCCUAGGAAAUAAGUUUGUACUGGGCACUUACACAUAAAAGUCAUCUAGGCUUCAGUUGUUUACCUCAAUAUAUACAAUCAAAAGAUGGAAGCUUUACGAAAUAAGCACUGAAAAUUUCAUUGCAUAACUUCUGUGUUAUUGCUUGCUGUGAAAUAGACCAAUCUCUGCAAACAGCCAAUAAGUGUUUCCAUACACUAAAUGAUUAUUUCACUAUACUUGAAAAAAGGGGAUGCCAUAGCUUGCAAAGCUAUUCACAUUUUGUCAUAACUUAAAACCGAUAAAAGAUUUUACUCGAGUGAUUUCCCAAUGUUUUUUUUCACCCAUGUCUGUCUUAGAUGUUUACAAUAGAUUUGUCCCAAAAGAAAGAAUUAGUUCUUUUAUCCCUUACAAUGGGUUCUGUGAAAUUUGGUAGUUUGAUUUGCAUGCCUGUUAAGUGAAAGAGCAUUUAAUCUUCUGCUUUGCUAAAAUUAUAUGGAGGCUGGUUUGAAACUGUUUAGAUGUUACUAUGCUUUGAAGUAUGCAUCAUACAAAAAGGAAUUUACUUACCAUAAUGCAAAGUCUUCAGGCUGAGCAAAGGGUGCAGAUCAGCAAGCCUCUUACUUUUCCUUCUUAGGGCUCUUUGAAGGCAAGUAUAUUGAAACUGUACUUGUCUCUGUUCGGUGACAUUUUAAAACGGAAGUUCAGAGACUGACUUUACUCACUGAACUUUCAGAUUAAUUUUAUUAAUAAAAUUGCACCACCUUUAAGCAGACAAGAACCUCGUAUUCUAGGCUUAUUUUGAACCACAGCUUCAAAUAACUUAAGGGUGUUAAGAAUUUCCUCUUAUAUAUUUUGCAUUUUCUGGUAAAAGUUCUUUUGCUGUUUUUAAAUGAUCCAUUAUGAAGGUUCCUUUUCUUUUCUCAUAUCAAACAUUUGCUCAGUCCUGGUGCUUCCAUUAUGGUGGCAUAAAUGUUGUCUGUGCUUCAGCCCCCUCCACCAAAUACCAGUUCAUACUGUACAAUGCCUUAGCAAGGGCACUAACUGAGCCAUCCCAUUCUCUGUAUAUUCCUCACUUGGCACUAUUGGCAUGACUAAAGCAAAGGAUCUCUGUAUCACUGAAAUUCUCCAAAGUGUAAUCUUUAGUCAUUCUAGUUAAUGUUAAAUAAGGCAUACUUUCUAGCUACUUCUGAUGUGGUAUUUUUCUGCCUAAAAGAUGUCAGCUGAGGCUUGAAUGAAAAUAAAGAUUUGAUUUGAAA